GAUGCAGGCGGCCACGGAAUUAUUUUCAAGCGCAAACAACGCGAGGCAUAUAUUCUUCCUGACAUGGAAUGGAAAUGAGGCGCAAUCCAUAUUCCUUCGCUGAACUGUCGUAAUUAUCCCCAUCCCAGGUGAAAUAUCAACAGUGCCCGGGUCGAGGUUCACCACCUCGAAUCCAAGACCGAUUUCCCGGGAAUUACAAGGCGUUCCCUAAGCUGCAGACAUGAGCGCAAAACCUGGAGAAUCCACCGUGUAUACCAGCGGAGAUACAUCCUGCCCCCCAGACCUUCGCUUCAUCCACUACAAUGAUGUCUAUCACCUCGAACCCGGCUCCCGGGAACCCGUGGGAGGAAUAGCACGCUUCCAGACGGUCGUCGAGGAAUACCAUGCGCAAGACGGGCCCGGGGUUUUGACAUUCUUCAGCGGCGAUGCCUUCAGCCCCUCCCUCGAAAGCAGCGUCACCAAAGGCAAGCACAUGGUCACCCCGCUCAACGCGAUCAAAACCUCCGUCGCCUGCCUCGGCAACCACGAGCUCGACUUCGGCGUCGAACAAUUCCAAUCCCUCGCCGCCGACUGCACAUUCCCCUGGCUCUGCGCGAACGUGCUCGACCCCGCCCACGGCCCCGACGUGCCUCUCGGGAGAUGCCAACGCAGCAUCAUGCUCCGCUCCACCGACGGGACCCGCAUCGGCGUCAUCGGCCUCGUGGAACGCGACUGGCUCGACACUAUCAAUGCCCUGCCGCCGAACCUGGUGUUCCUCGAUGUCGCCGAGACGGCGAGGCAGUUUGCGGAGCAAUUGAGGGGCGAGGGCGCGGAGAUGGUGGUCUGCGUGACGCAUCAGAGGGAACCUAAUGACGUGCAACUCGCGAAUGAUCUACCUCCCGGGGCGGUGGAUCUCAUCUUGGGCGGUCACGACCAUUUCUAUGGCCACGCCGUGGUCAACGGGACGCACAUCCUCCGCUCGGGGACGGACUUCAAACAGCUCUCGUAUCUGGAAUGCCGUCGUCGUCGGGGUCCACCACAACCACCACAAGGGACAAAGCCGCGGAUAGAAAACCCAGCAUCCGAAUGGGACUUCACCAUCACCCGCCGCGACAUCCUCAGCAGCAUCCCCGAGGACGCCGCCGCGCUCUCCCGGAUCUCCGCCGUGACGGCCUCCCUCCGCAGCACGCUCGACAAGCCCCUCGCCCACACCGCCGUGCCGCUCGACGCGCGCUUCAGCACGGUGCGGACGCGCGAGUCCAACAUGGGCAACUUCAUCGCGGACCUGAUGCAGCACUACUACGGGGCGGACUGCGCGGUGCUGGCGGCGGGGACCAUCCGCGGCGACCAGAUCUACCCGGCGGGGGUCCUGCGCGCGCGCGACCUGAUGUCCUGCUUCCCGUUCGAGGACCCCUGCGUCGUGCUCGCGAUCCGUGGGAAGGAUCUGAAAGCCGCGCUCGAGAACGCCGUGGGCCAGUACCCCUCGCAGGAGGGCCGGUUCCCGCAGGUCGCGGGCAUCCGCCUGGUCUUCGACGCCCGCCUGCCGCCCGGGCGCCGCAUCACCGCGAUGCACGUCGCGGGCGAACCGCUGGACGAAGGCAGGGAGUACACGCUCGCCACGAGGGAGUAUAUGGCGCGCGGCAAGGACGGGUAUACGGACCUUCUGCCCGUCUCGAAGGGAGGCCGGACCAGGAUGGUCGUGGGCGAGGAGAGCGGCGGGCUGCUGUUGUCGACGCUGCUGAGGCAGUAUUUCUCGAGUCUGAAGGCCGUGGGCCAAUGGACGGUCUUCGACGGGGACAUGCGGAACUUCUGGGGGGGCGUGCAGGAGAGAUUGCAUCGGGUGGAGACGGUUCUCGAGCCCGUAGCAGCAGCAGCGAAGGAUGGGAGCGUCGCGGCCCAGCAGGGGAACGGAGACCGGGAGGAUGGUGAGCGGAUGAGGUUCCUCAUGAGGAAAUACACGAGGAGGUGGGCGCGCAUCGUGCACCUCAACCUCGCGGCGGCAGCCGCUGCUCCAGAGGCCGACCGCGAACAUCAUGAUCUUCUCUAUGGCAGGGCGGGAUCCGGCGGGGGGUGGCGGACGGACUGGACGAAGAGCAUCGCCCCCAGGGUCGAAGGGAGGAUCGUCAUGAUCGGAGGAUGAUGACGGGACGCCAUCGGAGUUCGAGAUCGCGAUCGAGGGAUGGAAGAAUGAGAUGAUGAUUUGUAUAUGGAAAAAAGAGUCCCUACUAUAAACAAUCAAUCCUAUGAGGAUCAUGGCAACGAGCGUA